UCCUCGAGGACUCAGUAGAGCUUUGAGGUGCGCGUGAGGCAGCAGCCAAGGGACUGCCCCCAACUGAAACAAGUGGAACUUAACACGUGAACGGCACGAGCGGGACGCACCCCCUCGAGACUUGGGUGAUUUUCUUUAUAAGUUUGUUUUAUUUUUCUUGGAAUGGACAUCACAGCCAAGAUGGAAAUUAACCUCAGCCAGCAGCAGCUCCUUCCACCCGCAUGCUACUUCUCCUCCUCCAUGCCGCAGAGCAUCCAGCUGAGCCCGAGCGGCAGCAGCCAGAGCAGCGGGAAGUCUGCGUCCAAGCAGCCGAAGAGGCAGCGCUCCUCCUCUCCAGAGCUGCUGCGGUGCAAGCGGAGGCUCAACUUCGCGGGGUUCGGCUACAGCCUGCCGCCGCAGCAGCCGCACGCCGUCGCCCGGAGGAACGAGAGGGAGCGGAACCGGGUCAAGCUGGUCAACAACGGCUUCGCGACCCUGCGGGAGCACGUGCCCAACGGAGCCGCCAACAAGAAGAUGAGCAAAGUGGAGACGCUGCGCUCGGCCGUGGAGUACAUCCGCGCCCUGCAGCAGCUGCUGGACGAGCACGACGCGGUCAGUGCGGCGUUCCAGUCCGGAGUGCUGUCGCCCACCAUGUCGCAGGGAUACUCCGCAGACAUGAACUCCAUGGCGGGGUCACCGGUGUCCUCAUACUCGUCAGAUGAGGGCUCCUAUGACCCCCUGAGUCCAGAAGAGCAGGAGCUGCUGGACUUCACCAACUGGUUCUGAGCAUCCGUAUGAGAAAUAUGGAUCAACUCAUUUAACUGUUGUAGUGCGCUUGGGAUGGUCCCGGAGAAGGCUGGCGGUCCACAACAACAAGACGCACUGUCAAAGCCUUUUGGUCCCGCGUCCUGAACGACCGGUCCUCCCAGACUGACAGACAGACAGACACGGCCUUAAAAGUCCUGAAAACUUCGGGGUGAAAUCAGGCCAGAGAUCAGCGCCAAAGGAUUAAAGAAAGUUGGAUCUCCUGACAGCGUGGGAAUCCAAGCUUCUGUGCAUUCGUCCACGAUUUAAACAAACAAACAAACCCUAAAGUGAAUUCACGCUCUUCAGCAGCACAUUGAAAACAUUAUUUAAUACGCCGCUCUUCAACUAUGCUAAACCCAAUCACAGAACAGCAUACCCUUUGGUAAACCUCUCAGAAAAAUGCUUCCAAGUCGCGGAUUUUAUUCUAUGAAAUUCUAUAUUGAACUCUUUUUUUUUUUUUUUUUUUUUUUAAAUAUAUUAAGAUAUUUUUGUAUGUAAGAGAUUUAUAGAUGUUUUGUACACAUCCUUUUUGUAUAUAUUUUUGUCUAUAUAUUGCGAAAGUUGCUUCUAUACCUCCUGCCUAUGUAGACGUGUAGUCUAUUAUUCUCUGGCUCUUUUUGUUCAUGAGGUUUUUCCCAGAAGGAGUUUGACACUCCGCCUUUUUAUUCUAUAGCACCGACGUGUCUUAUUUAAUAGCAAAACCAUGUUAUUGCAUUAAAAAUGUCAUGAAGUUAACGAUGAUCAAAACUUAUGCAGCUACUGUCCAAACAGAGCGCAAUGACCAUGCAUUGUCUCUCUACACUGCCAGCUCUAUGUUGUCUUCACAUAAAAAAAAAGUCUUAUAACCAUAUUUUCUACACUGAAGUCCAAAAUAAAAUGAUUUGCUACUGAA